AUGGCCGUGACCAAAGCUAUCGUCGCCCGCGAGCCGCGCUUCACCGCGCUCAACUGGGCCCUGGAAGAUGUCGCCGUAUGCGAAGAGCCCGGCGACGACGAGGUGCUGGUGGAGAUGGUCGCCUCGGGCGUCUGCCACACCGAUAUGGUGCUCUCUGCUGUUCCCAGCGGGCAGUUUGGCAUCCAGUAUCCCAAGGUAAUGGGGCAUGAGGGCUCUGGAUACGCACGCAAGGUCGGCAAAAACGUAACAACCGUGCAAAGCGGCGACCCUGUUCUUCUCUCUUUCUACUCUUGCGGUGCGUGCGACCAAUGCGCCGACAAGCACCCGUCAUAUUGCGACUUGUUUGGGAUAGAGAACUACAUCGGGCGGAAGGGCCAUGUGAAUUCUGCGCCGGCCACGGGGAAGGACAAGAAGGAGGAGGAGGAGGAAAUAUACUCACGCUUUUUCGGACAGUCCAGUUUCACGCGGUAUAGUAUCGUCGACAAGGCGAGUGUCAUUAAUGCCAAAGCCCUGGUACGGAAUGAAGAGGAGAUGAAGCUCUUUGCGCCAUUAGGCUGUGGAUUCCAGACGGGGAUGGGUGCGAUCGAUAACACUGCCCAGGUAGGCGAGAACACCGUGCUUGUUAUUUCGGGGCUGGGGAGUGUGGGCUUGGCUGCUCUGAUGACUGCAAAAAUCCGCAAAUGCAAAACGAUCAUCGGCAUCGACCGCAUCCCCAGCCGGAUACAGCUCGCAAAAGAGCUCGGCGCUACACAUACCAUUGAUACCUCGCCGGUGGGGUUCAACGUGCGCAAGGCGAUCUGCGACGUAUAUCCCACCGGUGUCGACUGCGUCAUCGACACAACGGGCGCGCCGGCCAUUAUUGAGGACGGACUCAGGGCUCUCCGGAAGAGGGGGAAACUCGUCCUGAUUGGCGUCCCGCCGAUGCAGUAUGAGUUGAGCAUAAGCGCGAUACAGCAAAUAAACACUGGUCGAUCUGUGGUUGGGUGUCUUGAGGGGGACUGUAUUCCUAAAGAGGCAAUUGCAACUUUAAUCCAGUGGUACCGGGAAGGUCGCUUUCCCAUUGAUAAACUAGUCACAUACUUUGAGGCACAUGAAUUCAAACAAGCAUUAGCCGGAUUAGACGACGGAUCUGUAGUCAAGGCUGUGCUGAAUUGGAAGAACGUAUAA